CCGCAUUAAGCGAGAAGAGGCUGAGAUUGCUUACAGGCGGGAUACGAAAAUGAUCCUUCAGAUAAGGAAUAUGUGAAUGUACAAGAGAAAAAUCGGGUUGCGCGUAGAAGAAGUACUUAAAAUUAUGUUUUUUUUCUCCGGCUGGGGAAAAGAUGCAUCCUUCGGGACUAAAAUUCCGAACCGCUAUUCAGCAAACCUGAUUUCAACUGGUAGCAGAAUGAAAAAUAGACCACAGGGAGAAAGGUUCAUGGAAUUCGUAGCAUACUGACCAUUUCAAAAGACAACACAGUAGUCUUUUAUGAACGAAAAUUGAAUUCAAUAAGUCAAAAUUGACAAUUGACUUUUGAUUCCAUUGGAGGGAUGACAUCGGUUUGUAUUGCUUCAUAGUAGCAUACUGUACUGUAGUUUUUAGAAGGCUGGUUUACAAUGGGCGAAGUGAUGGAGAACAAGGAGAAGAAGAACUGUCUUGCCCCGGCAAUAAAGGCUUUUGAGCAUUAUGAUUUUUCAAAGGCCAAAAUGUGUUCUAGCAUUAAAUGGCUAGUGGCCAAAGCAUAUGGGCCAGACAGUGUCCCGGCCGACUUGAAGGAGCCCUUCUAUACAGACCAGUACGACCAGGAGCACCUCAAGCCCCCGUUGACCAACCUGCUUCUGUCAGCGGACCUCUACUGCAGGGCGGGGAGCCUGAUCCUGAAGAGUGACAGCGCCAAGCCCCUGCUGGGCCACGAGGACGUCAUCCAGGCCUUGGCCCAGCGCGGCCUCUACGUUGCUGACCAGGAGCGUCUGGUCACGGAGAGGGACCUCCGAAGCAGGACCCUCUUCUUGAGCGCCCACAUGGCGAUGAUCGACACGCUGAUGAUGGCGUACACGGUGGAGGCUGUGAGCCCGGAGAAGGUGACGGCGUGUUUGCGAAAGCACUGCCCCAACGACCCCGACAUCGACACGCCCUGUAGCACGGAGGAAGCCCUGGCUGUCUGGAUCAAUAAGGUAAACGAGUAUCUGAAAGAAAUCAUCGUUCAGGAGCAAAGGAAGAGAGAAACACAGAGCAUUGAGUCUGCCGGGAGUCCACGGUCCCCCACCAAAUGGUACAUGAAAUUAGUCCCUGCUCGCUACAGGAAGGAGCAGGCGUGUUCCCAGCAGGUUCCCUGGAUCCCUGUGGUGGACAACCUGCUGAAGGAUAGCACUGAUGGCUGUGCCCUGGCUGCCUUGAUGCACUUCUACUGCCCUCAACUAGUCAAACAGGAAGAUGUGUAUCUGAAGGACAACAUGUCGCUAGCAGACAGCCUGUCCAACCUGCUACUCAUCCAGAAUUUUUGUAAAGAACACCUCAACAACUGCUGCCACUUCAGCCUGGAGGACAUGACCUACGCCUCCUCCUCUGUCAAAAACAACUUCCUUGUGUUCAUGGCUGAGCUGUUUUGGUGGUUUGAAGUUGUGAAACCGUCUUUUGUAAAACACCAAACUCUGGACAGCGAGGAGCCCCCCCCAUCAUUGAAGAGGAUGCCCUCCGUGCCCAUCUCCAAGGCAACUAAGAGGAGCUUCAUGGAAAGGCCUCCCAGUCCAGAGAGACCCAGUCUGCCUCUUCGACCUCAACCCCGUAACUCAGAUGAAAUCAAGAGAUCGACUUCAAUGUCGUUUGUGGAUGGCCACAUAGGUACCUGGCCCAAGGAAAAAAGAUCUGGGCCUUACGGAGUAUCCUUCGACAUCCCCUUUGAUAAAGAUGGCGGCUCCCCCUCUGCUCCUCCUCCCUUGCGGGGCAUGACUCGAUCAGCCAGCACUGAGGAUGGCCUGGGUUUCAAACUCCCCCACCAGCUGCCCCGUGGCAUGAAGAAGAACCUCUCCUUCCAGCCCGUCAACGGACAGAGCUUGGGCAUCGACGAGGAGGGCUGCCCCGACAGCCUGGUGCCCACAGAGCCUGACAGAGCGCCGGCGGGCAGAACCUACCCCAAUGGGCAAGGGAACGGCACGGCCACCCCCAGCAUCGAGGAGGCCCUCCAGAUCAUACAUAACAUGGGCCAGCCGCUGCAGAGACUCCCGGCGGAGGCGGAGGGGAUCGACAACGGGUUCUUCCUCCACAGCCAGGCCCGUAGGCCCAGCGGACUGGACCCCGGAUCUGAGACGGAUUCGAAAGCGGCUCUGAGCCCCUCAGACUCCACAGAGCCCGACACGGGCAUCCACCUGAGGACGGAUGACAUGGCCGAGACAUUGGACGAAGACUCGUCUCUGAGGGACUGCACCGCCAGCAUGGAGCUGGACAUGGACACCCCCAGCCCCUGCCCCAGCGGCUCUGCCAAAUCCCCGCCGGGCAUCAAGAUGACAAGCUUCGCUGAACAGAAGCUUCGCAAGCACAACCCUUUAGCCGGUGACUCGGGCCGGGGCAGCGGGAGCGGCUCCCUCAAGACCACCCCGGAAGGUUCCGAGCUCGGACUGCCGCUGUGCGUGUCCUGGGCCCCCACCCCUGAGCACAGUCCUGUCCAUCACCAGCCCACACCCCUCUCCGCUCCCACCAAACCCAUCUACCCAGUCCAGGCCGUGACCAUUGACCCGGCGCAGGCCAUGGCGACGGAGAUGGUCCAGCUGCGCAUGCGAUUGGAGGAGAAGCGGCGGGCCAUCGAGGCUCAAAAGAGGAAGGUGGAGGCGGCGUUUACGAGGCACCGGCAGAAGAUGGGCCGCUCGGCCUUCCUCACCGUGGUGAAGAGGAAGGGUGAUGGAGCCGCGAGCGGCGUGGAGGAGGACAGGGGGAAGGCGGAGGAUGUGGAGAAGACGGUAGGCGCCAGCCCCACCCUCCGGUCUGAAAGGAGCAAGGCCGACACACCCGACGGGGCGGAACAAGGGAGCGGCGGCGUUGCCGGUUGGUUAAAGUUGCCGAGAGGAGGAGAGGAGGGCGGUCCUAACGCCGGGCAGGUGGCGGAGACUGACCUGAUGGAAUACACCCGCUCCAUCGAGAAGCUCAAUGACUCAUUGGCCUUCCUGCAGACCGAGAUGCAGCGAUUGGCCCAGCAACAGGAAGUCAUCAUGGCCAUGCGGGAGCAACAGCAGCAGGCAUGGGUCAUCCCGCCGUCUCACGCGAGCCCCUCCCCUCAGAAACACAGCCGGGCCACCCCUCGCUCCUCUGGACCCUCCUCCCCCGUCGACUCCCCUCACUGUGCCCGCCGCUCGCCCACCAGCAUCAAGAGGAAGUCCGCUUCUUUCCACUCCCGCACAGCCCGCACCCCUAGACCCAACGAGCUCAAGCUUGCCCCUUAUAACCGUGUGCUGACUGCCCCCCAGUCCGUCGACAGUAUCCCCCGCUUACGCCGGUUCUCUCCCUGCCAGCCUCUAGCCACCUCAUUUGUGUACAUGGGGGAUAUGCCCGCUAGCAGCAAUCUGGAGCCCGGAGACCCAGAUCCUGGCAGAAGCAGGUACUCAGAUCCACUUCUCUCCCCAGAGAAGGAGGCUUCUAACCCGGCUAGCGCGGUGCCCUCGCCCCCUUCCUCCCCAGCCAAAGGUCCAAACCAGCAGGACCAAGAAGAAGACAUUGAAGGAGAGAUCCGGAAUGAAGAUAUGGAAACAGAGAUGGAGAUGGUGAAGGAGGAGGAGAUCCGACCCAUCAUCGGUUCAUCGGUGUCGGAGGUGUUGGCACAUCUGGUGACAGAGACCUUCACGGUGACCCCCACUGAGGCCCCUGCUCCCAUAUUAGUUCAGAGCCAAACCAGGAGUAGCUUGAUCGAGGUGCCCCUGUCCGUGCUGAAACCACUGGAGGGUGAGGUGUUGGAGGAGAGCGGGGAAAUGCAGGCCACCAUCGAGGGCCUGGAUGAAGACCAGAAAAUGUGCCGUGGUUUCUUUUUUAAGGAUGACGGCAAAGGGGAGGACAACAUGGCUCAGAAGAGGGCGGCGUUGCUGGAGAAGAGGAUGAGGAGGGAGAGAGAGACCCAGCAGAAGAAGCAGCAACUGGAGGUGGAACUGGAGCAGAAGAAAGAGGAGGCACGACUAAAAGCCGAAGAGGAACGUUUGAGGAAGGAAGAGGACAAGGCCAGGAGAGAGUUCAUCAAGCAGGAGUACCUGCGGAGGAAACAGCUAAAGCUGAUGGAGGACAUGGAUACGGUCAUCAAGCCUCGGCCUGCCAGCACCAAACAGAGGCGAGCCAGGCCCAAGUCGAUCCACAGAGACAGCCUGGACUCCCCCAAAACGCCAGGCAGGGCUGCAGCAGGUUCACGACCUCGUGUCUUUUCAGUCUCCAGCUUGUCGCUGGCUUCGCUCAACCUGGGAGAGAGUGACAGCAUGCAGUCUGAGAAGAGAGCCCCGAGGCCCGAUUCUGCUGAUGGUUUCCUGUCUCCGAGUCGGCCCGGGAGUCGUAACGGGGAAAAGGACUGGGAGAACGGCUCCACCACCUCCUCUGUCACCUCCAAUGCGGAAUACACCGGGCCCAAGCUGUACAAGGAGCCAAGCGCCAAAUCGAACAAACACAUCAUCCAGAACGCUUUGGCCCACUGCUGUCUGGCUGGCAAGGUUAAUGAAGGGCAGAAGAACAAGAUCCUUGAGGAAAUGGAGAAAUGCGAGGCCAACAACUUCCUGGUGCUGUUCCGGGAUGGGGGUUGCCAGUUCCGAUCUCUGUACACGUACUUCCCUGAGAUGGAGGAGAUCACCAAACUGGCAGGCAUUGGGCCAAAGAGCAUCUCACGCAAGAUGAUCGAUGGGCUGUUCAAGUACAACUCAGACAAGAAGCAGUUCAGCCAGAUCCCGGCAAAGACCAUGUCUGCAAGCGUCGACGCUAUCACCAUCCACAGCCACCUGUGGCAAACCAAGAAACCAGCCACCCCCAAAAAAGUUAUACCUGCAAAGUCCUAAUGAAACUUCAAACCCCUCUGCCUGUUUCCCUUCAAAUGGAACAUUCAAAUUGCACUUCACUGUACAUAAUUCAUGAGGAUUCUAACACCUGCAAUGCCAGUAGAUUAAUGCAUACUUUGUAUGUCUCCUCUUCUAUUCCUGUCUUUUUACUACAAGCUUCAGAGCAGACAUAAGAGAAAAAAAAUUACAAACAACUGGAAUGUAAAACCUUAUUUAAAAGCAAAUUGUAAAUGGAUACCAUUGAUUUGUUUGGUUGAAGAGGUUGUCUGAUUUGAGUCAUUACGACAGCAUGUGCGAGUACGUGAGGUUUUGAAUUGUGCCAAAAAGAGUAAAGUAAAAAAGGUAUGAAUGCAAUUGCUGUUUUAUUUACACUGAAGCACUGAAUGUUGAUUAUAGUAGUCUGAUUUGUUUUUGCUUAUCUGUUGACAUGCGUGGCCUUAUGCUUGUUUUGUAUGUGAGUGCAAUGCGGUGAUUGUAAAGCUAUACCCUAGAAAGUUUUUUUGUACUGAGGCAAGAGUGAUUUUUUUCCAUUUAUUGUCUUUUGAAAUGUUAAUUGUUAAGUCUGUCAAGGUAUAUUAACAAGACCUGGGCCACUUACAUACUGUUACUUUAUCAAGGAAUGUAGGCGCAUUUGAUUCACCCCACAGCCGGCACUUGGUUUUAUUUCAGUGGGUGCUAAAUCAAAUACACCCAGAAUAUCUGACAGUAUUUGCAAAAAGUAUUUGACCCAGGUUUUACACCACAAAGGGACAAAAAGUUCAAAAAGCAAAUAGCUAGUAUACCCACACAGUAUCAUGACUCCAUGUUAAACGAGUGGUUUUUACUAGAAAAACACAUUUUUGAAGGAAUCAGG